AUGUCAUCUGACAUCAAGUCUUGUGCUGAAGCACUAGCACUAUCGGCCGAACAUGAUGCCCAGCGAGCGGCGAUAUACUUAAAGGCAGCGCGUCAGUUGCAGAAAGUGGGAAAGCAAGAGCUCGCGGUCUCUUUCCUGCAGGCUGCGGUCUCGUUGAGCCGCGAGGAUGCGAACAUCCUGAAUCAGAUCGUUGUCGAGCUCGAGAAGCAGCAGAGGGAAGCCGCCAUCAUGAAACAACUUCGCUCGCCCUUCGCGGACAUGCCUACAGACGUCCUAGUAUGCAUCUGCGAACAAAUCGUCCCUGGAAGCCAUAGUUUGUUAGCCGCAUCCCAAGUAUGCCGCUCCUGGCGUCGCUCCAUCAUGCAAUCCCCAUUCCUCUGGCGCGACCUCAUCAUCGCCCCCACCGACCACAAUCCGCACCUGAAAGCGCGCGCAUUCGUCCAGCGGUCCGCGCCCAUAGGCUUGCGCACGCUCGACGUAGAUAUAAGCGCCGAUUGGCCUCAUCUGUCCGUCCACCCCAAGCGCACGUCUGCGCGAGACAACGGAAAAUCCACCCUCCAGGAAAUCCUGCACGCCAUCGACGGUGCGACGCCGCGCGGCGUUGUACACAACUUGGACACCUUCCGACAAUACUCGACAAGUGCGUGGCACGACUUUGACACGACCUACAUCAUGCGUUUCCUCUUGCGUCCCUACAUUCAACCUCGAGCUGUUCAGAUCGAAUCCAAGGAAUGGAUCUCUGACUGGCUCUGGUAUGAAGUGGUCCCCCUCCUCCCGGCGUUCAACCCGCGGCUUUCCUCAUUCCGCAUCGCAGGCCGCUCCAUCGUCAACUGGCGCUUCUCCCCGCUUGACUCCCCCUCAUCCAGAACUUCGCCCGACACGCCACUCUCCGCCCGCCUGAGGCGCCUCGUCGUCCACGACAUCAGGGACGUCGCGCGCUUUGCGCAGGGCCUGCGCUGCACCGCGAUCUCCUGCCCUACGUUCGGGAGCCAUGGCGAGUCUAUACAUGCCUAUGAGCCAGUCCCGCCCGGCGACGUCUCUCUCGCACGGGCCGGCAUCGAGAGGCUUUUGCUAGGGUGGCAUACCGUGAGCAGGGACACUGACUUCAUGCGCCUCGACGCGCCGCCGCUCGUGCUUCCGAAUCUCACCUCUCUGACCAUGAGCGGCUUGUUCUGGCCGAUACUGCAUAUAUCAGUGAUGCCGGCGCUGCAGCGCCUCACUCUCAGUACGCCGAGGAGUCUCUUGAACACGGCGGGCCCCGCUAGAUCGACGGAACAGGCGCUUCUCUUGUUUGUUCGUCGCUGCGGGAGGUCCAUCAAGGUGCUCGAUGUCAGCAAGCUGAACCUCAACGAGUAUCAGUUCUUGCAGCAUACUCUGCUGCCCAAUCUCGAAGAGUGGCACAGUAGAGACAACGAGCACAUUACAGCGAGCAAAUACAUCAUUCCGUUCAUCAAAGCCAAAGCAUACGAUGCAACUGCUAGGAAACUGAAAAUCCUGGACCUCGGACCACGCGUGCAAUUCAUGCCCGAUGAAAUUCAGUGGAUGAGGGAGCACGUUGACAUUGUGUUGACACACUGA